GCUAUGGGUGGUGGCCAGUCAGUUGCAUCAAAUGGAGGGGAAGUUCGCGAAAUUUUGAAUAAAAUGGAAAGCGAGAGGGUAGGAAAUAUUUCGCAGUUUUUUUCAUCGGUGUUACAAAUUAUUAAAAAUAAUCGAAAUUUUAUAGGUUAUUUUCAGUUGGCAAAAAAUCGCGAAAUGUUUAGAUGGAUUUCAUCUGGUGGUUUUGUGACUAUAUUAACAGCAUUGUACUCUGCUCAUUAUCAUAAAAAUGUGCUUCAUAUAUUACCAGUUUAUCCAAUUUUCUUUUAUAUUGCAUAUGAAGCGCAUCUUUGCUAUGGCAAUAAGCUGGAAAUAAUUAGAAGUUCGUUUGAAUGUCAAGGGCUAGAAAGUGAUGAAAGUAGCGUAACGAUGAGGCAAUGUUAUAGAUGA